CAUCUUGAAUUUAGUAUUGUGCCAGUCGGGGGGGUGGUGACAUAUUUUAUUUAACCCGUCAUCACCAUAAUUUUGUGAAUUUGUUGAAAAAAGGAAAAUUAGUGUCGUGUCGAGGUGUGGAUAGUUUAUGUCAGGACUGAACGUGAAAAUGGCGGGUCAGACUAUAAACGAUAGGCUUUUAGCCGCUCGCCACAGUAUAGCCGGGCAAGGCUUAGCAAAAUCGGUAUGCAAAGCCACUACGGAAGAAAUGAUCGCACCCAAAAAGAAACAUUUAGAUUAUCUAGUCCACUGCACAAACGAGCCAAAUGUCUCGAUACCGCAGCUCGCCAACUUGCUCGUCGAGCGAACACAGAACACCAAUUGGGUGGUGGUGUAUAAAGCGCUCAUCACAGUACAUCAUCUACUUGCAUAUGGAAAUGAGAGGUUCACACAAUAUCUAGCAUCAAGUAAUUCAACGUUUCAACUAAGUAAUUUUCUAGAUAAAAGCGGAGUUCAAGGCGCGGCCGGUGCGCGGAUCGGCUAUGACAUGUCGCCAUUCAUCCGGCGUUAUGCCAAGUACAUGAAUGAGAAGGCGCUGUCUUACCGGACGGUCGCUUUUGACUUCUGCAAAGUCAAAAGGGGGAAGGAGGAAGGCUCUCUCCGUAUGAUGAACGCGGAGAAGCUGCUAAAAACGCUGCCAGUGCUGCAGGCACAGCUGGACGCGCUGCUGGAGUUCGACUGCAACGCCAACGACCUCACCAACGGCGUCAUCAACAUGUGCUUCAUGCUGCUCUUCAGAGAUCUCAUCAGAUUGUUCGCAUGCUACAACGAUGGCAUCAUCAACUUACUGGAGAAAUACUUCGACAUGAACAAGAAAAACUGCCGCGACGCUCUCGACCUCUAUAAGAAGUUCCUCAUCAGAAUGGAUAGGGUCGGAGAGUUCCUUAAGGUGGCAGAGAACGUGGGCAUAGACAAGGGUGACAUUCCGGAUCUCACAAAGGCGCCGAGUAGCUUGUUAGACGCGCUCGAAGGACAUUUAAAUACACUGGAGGGCAAGAAGGGCUCAGCCGCCAACACUCCCACGCAGACUGCCAGCGCCCAAAAGAACGUGGCCUCCGUUAUGGGAGCGCUAUCAUCCACGUCCUCAUCGUUCGGCAACGUAGCGGCCUCGUCGCGACUCGACAAGGCCUCUAACGGCGCCGGCCUGUUCAUAGACGACCCGCUGGCCCAGCAGGCGCUGGCAGAGGAAGAAGCCGCAAUGAAUCAAUACAAGAAUAAAGUCCAGUCUCCGACGAACGCGGCAAACAACCCGUUCCUCUCGUCCGCACCGCCCGCUAACCAGAACCAGUCGAUCGUGGAUCUGUUCGGGCCCACGCCGGCGGACGCCGCCAGCGCCGCCAGCAAGGCCUCCGACGACUUGCUGUCGCUAGGCAACCCGUUUGCUGACAUGUUUGGAGCGGCCCCACAACCGGCGCCGGUGUGGCCCCAGCAACCGACCAACGGUUUCACGCCGUUCCCGCCGCAGCAGAACAACACUUUCGUCUCUGAGGCUAACUUCUCUAACGUUUUCAAUAACACUGAUACCACAGCUGCCGCGGCAAACCCAUUCAUGGGUAUGGGAGACCCCACUCAACCCAUCUCCGCCUCCCCCGCGCGCCCUCCGCCGCCGGCGCAUCCCCCCCAACCUAAAUCCGCGUUCGACGAUCUCGAAGACGUCAUGCGAAUGUCCCUGGGGGGCUCCCCCGCCAAAUCCCAACCGAUAACCCAACAGCCGCAGCCGAUGGCGGCCGCGCCGCCCUUCGGCGACGUCAUGGCCAUGGGCGCUCCGCAGCCGAUGAUGUUCGGCUCGCCCGCGAGACAGCCGAUGGUGCCGAUGUCAGCUAUGGCAGGUCAGCAGCAGCAGCAGCAACCCAAUAAAGUGUUGACGGGCGACUUGGACUCGUCGCUCGCCUCCUUGGCCAACAACCUUACCAUCAACAAAGCCACGGCACCGAAGCCGAUGCAGUGGAACUCGCCAAAGAAUGGAUCGAAGCCGGGCGCCGCGUGGAGCCCGCAGCCCAUGCAGGCCACUACCGGCGCGGGAUACCGCCCAAUGGGUCCAGGCAUGAACCUCCCGCCCAUGCCCCAUACUUUGCCCCAUACAUACCACCCCCCGCAUUACGUUAUGCAACAGCCAGGCAUGGUAAUGGGCAUGCCCGGGGCGCCGAUGCCGGCGAUGGCCAUGGGGCAACCUAUGCGACCGCAGUUUCCACCGCAGUCAACCAACCAGUUUAGCUAAACAUGCUUAUUGUAAUAUCGUUGUUAUAUCGCGUUUUCUAUGUAGUAUCUUAUUAGCGGAACUAUAUAACUCCAGUGACUAUUCUAAAACUAAAUCUGUUGGAGACCUAAUAAGACUUAUUGUUUUAAUUGUCACUUGCUAUCUUAACACAUUCAGUGUCACUAAGUGCUAUGGGCUAAAUACGCUCGUAGCGCGUAGCCCCCUGUUUGCCGUAUGGAGCGCGUAGUCGCUACGAGCAGUGUACCCGACAGUCGGGCGCUGAAUGUGUUAAUCAACGGUAAAUUGCUGACGGGGACAGAUUGUAAUAAUGUCGCCAGACAUCACAAAAAAUGGAUCUGUUGCCUCGAUUGAAUGUAUCAAACGUAACAGUGAAUAUACCAGUCAAAUAUAAUUUAUUGGAAGGCUAUUUUCCUUUCUUAUGUGUAGUAACACUAAGUAAGAAGAUUGAAACUUUACUUAUUUAUUACGUGAUUCAUGCUAGAAAAAUAGGGUCUUCAGUAGAUUUGUCUUUGCCACGUUUUUUCUUUCUUGUAAUCUAGAGACAGUUAUAUGACUACUUGACGAUGCUACAUAGAACUCAAGUAUACAAUAUACAUACAUAUUAUAUUUUGUAACUGUUUCGACCCAUGAAUCGAGGAUAAAAGCCAUUGUAAAUCUGACUAAGUAGUAAAAUAUCUCAGUUUACACAUGUAUAAAUAUUAUGUAUCUUAAGAAUACGCAGAUGUUACUGUUCUGUUGCGAGUUACCUAAUUAAUUGGUUAGAUAAUUGAUUUAUGUCAUCCAUUAAUUAUUAUGAAACAGUCAAUUAUUAUUAUUUGGAUAUAAAAUUUAUGGUUUCUUCUAAUUAUUUUCUUUAAAAUAUAAUAAAAUUAUGGUUAUUUUAAUUCCUUAAUGGAUAUACUUUAUUUCACUAUGAGAAUAAGUAUUUUGUGUGCGUGAUUUGAAUACUAUUUUUCUAGAAAUCAAAUAUUUCGUUAGUAAAUUAUACACGAAACUUUAUUUAGCCUCGUACAACUAUUUAUUAUUAUGUCUUAAUGAAUUUUUCUUAUGAAAACGGUGCAUAUAUCAUUAUAUUUUGUUAUCAAACAUCACAUUCCAUAUUUGUACCUACAAAAGUAUAUUUGACUGCAGGUUGGUUAAAAUGUUAUUCCCGAUACCAAUUAUGACAUAUUUAGCAUUUCAACUGGAAUUGAAGUGAACAUCUCAUAUUAACUUUAACAAAACGUAAAUAUAUAAAUAUAACUUGUAAAUGUUAGUGUUGAUGCUUUAUGAAAUAAAAUAUACCUAAUACCGUAGUGGGAUGCAUGAAUGCUGCAUACACUGCUCGUAAGAAUGUUGUGUCCCUUAAUUUUCUGUUAGUUAUCUCAGAAGUACAUCAGUAAAUAUAUUCCAUUAACCAACAGCAUAUCAAAACUAUGACUUACACUUCAUUUUAUUCAAUAUUAUUCACAGUGUUUGGGCUAAUUGCGAGAUUUCUUAUGUUUAAAAUAUUCUAUAAUGACAGCCGAUUACUGUAAUCUACUUUAAGACUGUCAUCAGAUUUAUAUUUAUGUGUGAAAUAAUUCAGUAUACUAUCCUAUAGUCAUAGCUUAAGCGUAGCAUAACUGUUUCACGAAAUCCCACUUCUAGUGUUGUUUCGAUACAUAAAUAACCCUGUUAUUUCCAUAUCUUUGUAUAAUCUUAUGUAUAAAUUACUAUAAUAGAGAAACCCUUAACAAUAAAAAAAGAAAAUAUUUAAUUAUUGUUGAACAAAGUGUACCUAUUAAUCAACAAUAACACAAGUCGAAAUAUCUGAGCACUACAAACGGCUAUUUUGGUUGAACAAUGUUUAAAUAUUUUUGGAAUUAGGGUGUUUGUAUAGGAGUUAUUCGCAUUAGAUCGUUACUGAAAUUAGGUGUUACGGGUGUAUAUUCUAUAGUGUGGCUGUUGUGAAUAUAAGGACUAGGUGCUUAUUUCGGAAACUAUUCAACGUGCGCAUCGUGCAUUCUCAGUUGUCUUCGCCUCUACACGGUUUUAGACUAUUCUCUGAUUGAUUACCCCUUCUAUAAAGAGUGUCGUACUUACUCUUACGAAAUGCACCCCUUGGUCGAAUAACAAUAAGACGUUUCUGCCAUAAAUAUUCAAUUAGAAAACCAUGCUUAUUGACAACCGGCCAAGUUGUAUGUAAGUUUAACGUAAGAACGUCAUAUUUGUUUUAUGGAGGGAAGCUGCUCUUGUUACUUUAAAUUUGAGAUUUUUUCAGUUAUGAUAGUGUAAUAAGUAAUCUAAUGUAACUAAGUUACUUAUAUUAUUGAUUUUGAGAUGCAAAAAACGAAAUAAUUAAUGGUAUAUGAUAUCAUUUGCGAUUGUAUAUGAGAUCUGUUGUAAUUAUGAGUAGUUUAUGCAGUUUAGCCAGGAACUUGACAGUUAUGGCAGUUACGAGCAUCGACAAUAUUGGUAAAUAAUAAAUAUUGGCUUUACUUAUUCCCUAUCAUCUAGUACGCUAUUAAUUGUCACAAGUUCCUAGCUCUACUAUUGACUGCUAGUAUUUAUUUGUGCAAUAUUUUUGUUAUUUAUAAACUACAGGCAUUUCGCAACUGGUUACUUACUAUACAUUCUGUCACAUAUUUGUGUGAAUAGUUACAUUUUUAGUUUGACUUCACAAAAAACUAAAACACUAAUUCCUUCUGUUCAUAUGGCUUCUAAGUUGCUAAUCAACUUAGGAAGAAAGGGAGCCUACUCUCAAAUAACUAAGUAGGGUCUUAUAAAUGUUCUAUGGAAAAUAAAAUUUGUAUUAUUUAUUAAGGGGCCCACUGAUUAACAGUCCAGUUUUGUUCUAACUGACAGGCCGAUACCGUCCGGCGGACUGUUAAUCAGUGGGCCCCUUUACAGUUGCAUCUACACCACUUCCAUACAUGCCUAAAUUGUUUUAAAUAAUUUGCUUAUUAAAGCCAUACUAUAUGGUAAUUACAGUAUUGAAUGUAAGUGUCCCAUCACACCCAUGUUUAUUACAUAGUCGAUAAUAAAGAGAAAAAAAGGAGAUGAUAAUGAAAUACUGUUAUUACACAUAGUCACUGGCAUUUUCAGUUCGUUCUGUGAUGUGUGCUUCGACUGAUUUAUUUGAAAAUAUUAGAAUAAGGGAGGCGGGAGCCAAUGCAAUGUAGUAACUGUUUAGCGAGUGUAGAGUCGCCGACCGAUGACGGUUUCUGAUUGAACUAGAGACUUCUACGGCUAGGUCUGUAGAAGAGUAUGUAUAGUAGUUCGUUUUGUAGCUGGCCCCUAAAGACUAAUCCUUUGUCUAUUGUAAGUAAAAGCGCACGUGCUAGUUACCUGCAUAAAAAUGGUUGCGUCGCUUUAACCGGUUAUUGAAUUACGACUCUAUGUUAAUUGGAAUAAGAUUCGAAAUGAACCAAUAGAAAAAUAUUUUGUGAGGCUGUGUGGUCUCUCUACGGUUACUGAGUGCCGGCGUGUCGAACGCUACGGAACCAAUCUAAAAUGUGUCAUCGAGAUGCGUAACAAAGGUGCGUUAUCGGAGAGCGCAUUUAGGCACAUUAGUUUUUAGAGCGUUGUAAGGCGCCAAUUAGAAUUAUGCGCCAAUGACCAACCCUUUUUUUGCAGGUAGCAGGUGCGGUUUUUACUUACAAUAGUUAAAAUAGACAAAGAGUUAUCCGUAAAGGGCCAGCUUGAAAGCUAACAACUAUAACCAGCAACAAUAAUCAUGACAGUAAUCAGUACAGCCUCACUUAGCUCCCGAUGUAGCUGCCAUAGUUCACAAUAUUUUAAACCACGAGUCUGUUGAGGAUGCACCCUCAUAAGAGAUGGAAAAGGGAAUAUUGACAUAAUUGUUGUUGCUUGUGUGACUGCCCAAUUAUUAGCACUAGUUUAAACCUUUAAAAAUUUUAAGUUGUACAUUUUAUUAUUUUUAUCAAUAUAAUGUUUUGUUUUUUAUUUUAUGUAAAUACCCUCUUAUUAUUACUUACUAGUAGACUUAUGUCAUGCCUUUAGAUAUUCAAUUUUAGAUUAUUUAUGAAAUGAAUAAAUCAUACAGAUUA